AUGCGUAGGCAAAGAGACUUCGUGGUGGAGGAUGGCUCAUUGACUACGCUUUGUAAACGUUUGAUACUCAGCCAGCAGCCAAUUUCUGACUUGUGGCUGAUGACGACGUCUACUGCAAUAGCUAAGUUACGCAGUGGACUCAUUCUUCAAUACGCUACGACAAAUCCAUCAGAAAACUUUAAUCAGCAGUUGAAGGUGGUUUUUAGAACGCCUUUUUCAGCUGAAAUUCUCAUUAAAAAGCUUGAUGAGUUUUGUAAUGAAAAGCUUUUUGAGUUGAUAAAAUCAGCAAUUGGAGAAUCUGAAUAUGUCGUCACAAAAGAAGACUAUACGAGACUGAGUUUUGAUGAACGAGAAACAGAAUUCCGAAAAAUUGGAUUGCAGUGUGCUAGACUUUUGGCCUAUGAUCCACCUCGGAACCUGCUGAAAUGUAUCAUCACGAUGUAA